GGGUCCCUCGGAUGGCUGAAGAAAAACGUUCGGAACCCGGGACCGCCCGGCGUCGCGGCGGGAUGGAGGCGACCGACUCCAAGUUGGGCAGCGCCGGCAGCCUCUGGCAGGACACGCUGGCCAUGGCGCUGACCCCCAGCAAGCCCCUCUCCUCGGCGGGCAGCCAGGGCUGCCGAGAAGGCGGCGGCAGGACCCGAGCCCUGCGCGUGGUUUACAUCGUCACCGAGGAUUUGGAAAAACCGCUGCCCUUCUUGUGCCUGCAGGAAGCCUGCAGGGAGGUCCCGGCCACGGAGCUCGCCACGGUGCCUUUUGGCACCCUGAUGCUGGGAGACACGGACAGCCUGGGCCGUUUCUAUAACGCGGAUGUGGUGGUUGUGGAGAUGAGCAACAGCUUGUGUCAGCCUUCACUUUUCUAUCACCUGGGAGUACGUGAGAGUUUCAGUAUGACCAACAAUAUUCUCCUUUGCUGCUAUACCGAUCUUCCAGAAUUGCAAGCUCUCCGUGAAGUGAUAUUUCAGAAGAAUUCGGACAGCAACGGGAGCUAUACCUUCAUCCCAUAUGUGGUGACAAACCAGAAGAAGGUCUUCUGUUGCGAUGUCGGCGCCAUGACGUGCUUGACUGAGCUUUACCAGUCCAACUUCAACAUGGAAGCCGUCUUCAAUCCACUCACAGUGCAACUUGCUAAACUGCUUGAGGGCACUUCUGUCAGCUCCAGUGGCUACUUCCGGGAGAUGAUCAGGAGUGACAUCCGGAAGGCUCGUGAACUGUACCACGGGGCACAACUGAGCCGUGAAUUGACCAGCAUUCUACAGCGCCUGGACAGCGUGGAGUGCCUGAGCCUAGACAUUGUCAUGAACUUCCUUCUCUCCUACCGAGAUGCUCAGGACUGUGAUGCUAUCAUCACCCUUGUGGAGACUCUCCAAAACCUACCAACCUGCAAUGUCACCGAGCAGCACAACAUCUGUUUCCAUUACGCCUUUGCUCUGGACAGGCGGAACCGACCUGGGGACCGUGAGAAAGCGCUCUCUGUUCUCCUGCCUUUGGUGGAGAAGCCCGAAGGGGUGGCACCUGACUUGUACUGCAUGUGUGGCCGCAUCUACAAAGACAUGUUCAUUGACUCUGGCUUCACGGAUUCCGAGAAGAGAGAUAAGGCCUUCUUUUGGUACCACAAGGCCUUUCUGACAGAGCCAAGCCUUCAUGCUGGAAUUAAUUCGGUUGUUUUGCUCAUCGCCGCGGGCCAUAGUUUUGAAGCCUCUAUGCAGCUUCGGCAGAUCGGGAUGAAGGUGAGCUGCGUUUUGGGGAGGAAGGGGAGCCUGGAGAAAAUGCAGCACUAUUGGGACGUAGGCUUUUAUUUUGGUGCAAGCAUCUUGACGGGCGACCUUGACAAAAUCAUCCAAUCCUCUGAGAAGCUGUACAAGCUGAACGCUCCUGUGUGGUACUUGACUUCCAUCAAGGAGACUUACACAAUCUACAAUCAUUUCAACACCGUCCCUGACACGUGGACACCCAAACAAGAGCUGGUUGAUUUCUGGCUGGGGUUUUUAAUGGAGUCCUGCCAGCCCUUCGUCUCCACGGAGAGCUGUUUGGUGUUGAUUCUCGACCUGAGCAAAGUGCUGCAACCAUCUCAGCUCUCUGUGUGCAACCAGGAGAUCAGAAAAUCAGUGACGCUAAGCUACAUCGGUUCCCUGGAAGAGGAAGGAAUUUCCACCUGGACUUUUCCCGCAUCCUCCAUCCGUGGAAUCAGCAUUUCUAAGUGCGACGAACGAUGCUGUUUCCUUUAUGUGCGGCAUACAGUUGAAGAUUUCCAGUUAUACUUCCCUACCCAAAAUCACUGCCGCUGGUUUUUUGAACUGGUCCAUUCUUUCAUGGCAGAGAUGGGCGAAGAAGGGAAUUGGUGCAGCUCUCCAGUGGAACUAGAGUACGACUAUGAAUACACUGAAGCAGGCGACAGGGUGAUUUUGGGGAAAGGGACAUACGGGGUGGUCUAUGCCGGACGAGACCGCAGCAACCAAGUGCGCAUUGCUAUUAAAGAGAUUCCGGAGCGGGAUAGCAGGUAUUCACAACCUCUGCAUGAAGAGAUUGCCUUGCACAAGCGCCUGAAGCACAGGAACAUUGUCCGUUAUCUGGGUUCUGUGAGUCAAAAUGGCUUCCUCAAAAUCUUCAUGGAGGAAGUGCCUGGAGGAAGCCUCUCUUCUCUCUUGCGGUCCAUGUGGGGCCCUUUGAAGGACAACGAGCCAACCAUUGUAUUCUACACUAAGCAAAUCCUAGAAGGUUUACGCUACCUCCAUGAUAACCAGAUUAUCCACCGAGAUAUCAAGGGAGACAACGUCUUGAUCAACACUUAUAGUGGAGUGUUAAAAAUUUCAGACUUCGGCACUUCCAAAAGGCUGGCUGGGAUCAGCCCAAGCACUGAAACAUUCACAGGUACCCUGCAGUACAUGGCCCCAGAGAUCAUUGAUCAGGGGCCUCGAGGUUAUGGGAAGCCUGCCGACAUCUGGUCCCUGGGCUGCACCAUCAUUGAGAUGGCCACAGGCAGGCCUCCCUUCUUUGAGCUGGGCAGCCCACAGGCCGCUAUGUUCAAGGUGGGGAUGUUCAAAAUCCAUCCAGAGGUGCCCAGUUCCAUGUCUGAUGAAGCCAAGGAUUUCAUCCUGAAAUGUUUUGAAGCUGAUCCAGACAAGCGAUCGACCGCAGCUGCUUUGCUUCAGGAGCCCUUUUUAAGGAACAGGAAGAAAUGCAGGAGCCCAGCAGUGCCGGAUGAUCCAUCAGUGUCCAACAAGACCAGAAGGUCCACUUCAUCAGAAGGCGUUGCAGAAUCUCGAAAUCGUUCUUCUUCCUUGCAAUCCCUGAAGGUCCAAGUGGAAAAUAUUGUUUUGUCCCGAAGCUCCAGCGAAAUGAACCAGGGGAACAACUAUCUGAGGACCCCUGAAGCUGUCACCAAUGUCGACCUCAACCUGUCUGCUUCCUCCCACGAAGAGAGCAGUUGCCUCUUCUUGCUCAAGAAAGACAGCGAGAGGCGAGCUACCUUACACAAAGUCCUGACGGAGGAACUGCCAAAUAUCGCGGCAGCCAUAUAUGAAGCUCAGGAAGAGAGGGUGCUGUCGUUGGAACACAUUGCUGAGCUGGUAUCCUGUCUCAAGAACUACAUCCGUUCCCCAGGCCGCAAACAGCUGGUUCAAAGCCUGCUCCAGUUACAGGCUCGCUUCAAGUCCGAUGGGCUGAGUUUUUGUCAGGUGCAGGCUCCACUCUUUGCCUUCCAGGACACAGUAAAGCACAUGCUACGGAAGCUUCAAAUUAAGCCACACUGGGUGUUCGCCCUGGAUAAUCUCAUGGGGCAAGCGGUCCAGGCAACCUUGACCGUCCUCUUGGAAGAACUCAAGGUGCAGCCGCAGAAUUUGCAGAAGGAAAACCAGAAUCACCCGAGCAGCAGCGAACACAAGGAGCCGCUUUUGACUCAGCAGCCCCCGACUUUGAAAAAGCAGGAGAGCGACCUCAAGGACAGUGCAGAUACGCCAACGUCCGGAAUUGGCACCGACACCAACAGUUGGCUGGAUUCCCAGCCUCCCUUCAAGAGCCAUUUGCCCCUCAUGACUCAACUCAACCAUCUGCAGGAAGAAACCAGAAGGUUGCAGUGGAAACUGGUAGAGAAGCAGCAGGAAUGUCAGAGGCUCCUACAAGAAGCCCUGAAGAUCAUGGAACAGGACGCCUGGUCUCUGAAAAGGCCACAGAUAAUCGAAAUCCCUCCUUCUCCAACUCCCUGGGAUCAAGAAGAAAAUACUGGAGAUCCCCUCCUGGCAGAGUGGUUAGAGAAACAUGGUGCAGACAAAGCCACAGUGGCAGUGUUCUGCUACCAUGGAUUCACCCUGAAUGAUUUGCUGAAGUUGGCUACCAUCGAUGAUCUCCGAUACACCUGCAUCAGAGGGGGAAUGGUGUGCCGUAUCUGGAAAGCCAUCGUGGACCACAGACAAAACCUGUCCCAGCAGCAGCUACACCAGCAACCGUGAGAUGAAAGAGGAAAGGAAGGCUUUGGAUUUCUUUGCAAGGCCACCAUCUCUGGUCGCCUGGCCCAGCUUUCUCACCAGCAGUUGAGCUAUAAGGCUGGAAAGAUUUUCUAACUUGUCAGUCCUCAUAUUGAGGUCAGAGAUUGGCUUUUUAAUCUUUCCUUUGGCCCAGGAAAAUGACCCCCCCCAAAAAAAUCACCUUCAGAGCAAACAGAUUUCGGGAGAACCUCACAGAGGCUGUGAGGAAGACUUCUGCUAACUUUAGCAAUAUACAUUAUGGACUGAGGAAAAAGCAGAAAAUGUUUUCUUGCUGAAAGUCCCAAAAAAGGACUGAAGAAUGUUGUGAUACUCUACUGUUAUUAGAGAGAGUGGCUACUCCAGGAUCAGGAGUCUUCUGUUGGAGCCUCAUUUUGGCUACGGAGAUCAGUUCGGCAAUUUUGGACUGCUCUACAUCUCCUCCCCUCCAAGCCUGCAAUCUCUAGUACGGGGCUCAGCAACCUGCGGCUCUGGAGCCGCAUGUGGCUCUUUCACUCCUUUGCUGCGGCUCCCUAUCACUCAAAAUAUGUGUCACAACCACCAAUGUGCGACACUCACCGGCACACAAUUUAUUGAGCUUUUCAACUCCCAGUAGGCCAACCAUGGAUAAAUCCAAGAAAAGAAAAGUUUCAGAAGAAAACAGAAUGUUUAAUUCAACUACCUAUGCUAGUUUUGUGGCCGCUCAAGAAAUAGUCAGCCAUGGGAAGGGUUUUGUGGCUCCAGGUGUUUUCUUUUCUGUGGGGAACAGAUCCAAAUGGCUCUUUUGAGUGUUUAAAGUUGCGGACCCCUGCUCUAGCACAAACCCAGCAAUGCAGCUGUAGGAGUUGGGUGGUGCAUUAGUGAAGUGAGACACACUGCAAGUCAGGCUUUAAGGCAGGGGUCUCCAACCUUGGUCCCUUUAAGGCUUGUGGACUUCA